CUUGGUUUUCAGCAUCAUUUAAUAAAGUAGAAGUUUUAUUAUAGUAUUUUGAUGAGAAAUUCGUCUAGUGAUGCGUUUAUAAAAGUGAUUUUCGAGCCAUACACGAAAAGCGACUUCUUUCUUAUGCAGAUCUCUCUUUAUGCUAUCCGGAUUCAAGUACCUUUGUGUGGCUUGUAAAUAAUAUGGCUCAUUGGAAAUCCAAAGAGGAGCUGGAUGAGGAAUUUGAACAGUUUUUAAAAGAGUCUAUUUCAGAUGAUUCUUUUGAAAGUUCCAAUAAGCCUACUAUACUUGAUAAUCUUGGAAGACAAAAAAAUAAGAAACCCCUUAAAAAAGACUUUGCUCCAAGAUGGACAAUGGAUGAAGAUUCUGAUGAUGGAGAUGUAAUUGGGACCCGCAGUAGCUUUCUUAAAUCACAGAGGUCAUCUCAGCCAAUUGAGGAGGAAGACGAGGAAGAAUCCAUUAAAGAAACACAGAUACCAAAUAAAGAACUUGUUUCUGUUUCAGUGGAACGGGACAGUUUGGAAAUUGAUGAAUCUGUUGUUGCCUCUGGUCCAAAUCAAACAAUUCAUGGAAUGGGUUUGGACACAUUAGAAGAACAGGAAGAAAAAGAACGAUUUUUUGCAAAACUUGAAAAUGGUGCAUCCUCUACAAUUGACUAUUCAAAGUUAAACAAGGAUUUGGAUGCUACUGACUCAACAGUCCUUACAGCAUUAAUAUGCAAAAAGGAAAAUCUAAUAAGAGAUGAAUAUAAGUUAGAAAAAAAAGAUUUAUCAGGAAAUUAUAGUGAAGACUUUGAAGAUGAUGCUAUUAGUCCUCCUAGUAAAAAUGAUGUUAUAGAAAACAAAGAACCAGAGGAAGAACCAUUAUUAAUAAAUCAGGGAGAAGAAAAAACAGGAAUGUUAGCCAAAGUUAUGCUGCUUGAUUCUGUGGAUUCAACACUGGAUACACAAAAAUUGCAUGAUCAAGUAGAUGCAGAAACUGAAACUUGCACAACCCAAGGAAGCAAUGAUGCAAUGGGAACAGGUGCUUCCUAUGUAUAUACAAACAGUGACAUUGAAGCAUUGCACCUGGCCUAUCGUCACCUAGACCAGUCCAUGGAGGAUACCAAUGAACAAAAGAACUCUCUUAACGCAAAGAGCUUUUUGGCAGAUACUCCAAAUUCAAAUGGAAAAAGCCUCAAGCAAAUGUCCACUGUGGAGUCAGAUCUACCUACAGUGGAAGAAUUGAUGCAGCCUAUUAGAGCAGUUUCUGAUCAGGAUUCUGAACUGCAAUCUAUGAGUUUAAUAAAGCAGACACACCACCGAAUGCCCCACUGUAGCUGGCAAGGACCAACAGAUAAAGCAGACCAGUCAUUUGUUCUGGAAAAGCAACAUUCUGACUAUUUGUAUGACUGGACCGUUGAAAAGGAGGAAGAGCUGAAAAUGUUAAGAACAUCACAUACUGAGCCUGGUUAUGAAAGGAAGACUGAACCAACUGAUUACAGACACCAUCUUAAUAAAGAAAUGUAUGAGUCGUCAGAAGAAGAACUACAUCCAAAUGACUCAUUGUGGAAGCAGGCGCCAAAAUCCCCCCACCAGCAUCAUAAAAAUGUUAUUGACACAAUACAUAACAAGGAAUUAAGAAAGAGAGAUAAGAGCCCAAAAUCAGUGCUUAAGAAAACACAAACUCAACAUUAUUCUCACGUGAGGAGCUCUGGUUAUGGAAAAGUUGCCACACCAUUAAAACAACCUGUUGAUUCUGAAAAUUUGAAACCAUUUUAUUUAGAGAAAAAAGGCAAGUCACCUCCUGAUGGAAAAUCAAAAGGAGUGCUGUCUGCUACCAGAACCAUUAGGUUUACAGAAAACAGACCUACCAAUCCACAGAACAAAGCAGAUUCCAGUGCCCAGCUGUAUAAGGCCAGUUCUCUGCAAAAGGAAUUUGGUAAACACGAAACCAACAUACAUCAAAAAGGUAACAUUCCUACAAGUGCAAAUGGGGUCCUCCUGGAAAACAGCUCUUCAACUCAUAUUAGUGACACAAACCUCAUGGUGCUUCAGAGACUGCAAAAUGUAGAAGAUAUGAUUACAUCUAAAAAUGUACAAUCUGAUUGGUUUAAAGUAGAGUUAUCAAAAAAGGAUGAAGAGAUGUCUCAGAGAAUAGAGGAAAUAAAAACAAUUUAUGAGAGAGAACUCCAUCAGCUAAAACAAGAAAAUUAUAUGCUUCAAACAAAGAUACAUACAAGUGAAGAAAAGCACAAGAAACAUUUGCAUCUGGCUGGUGACCUAAAAGGACCUGUCACAGAUGAGACAAUGCAGCAAAUACAGAAGGAAAUAGAAGAGCAAGAGACUAUUCUUCGUGGUUAUCAGCAGGAAAAUGAAAGGCUUUAUCAACAAGUCAAAGAACUCCAAUUAAAGAAUAAACAGGAUGAAGACAGAAUGUUUCAAGAAAAUCUUUCAUUGAAGGCUGAAAUUGCUUCUCUUAGAGAACGACAGCAAAAACCUAUAAUGCAUCUCCAGCAUUCAGUCCAUGAGGCUGAAGAUUCCAAAAAGCAAACUUAUGAUGAAAUGACAGCAGAAAUCCGUGCUCUCCAGAAGAAAGAAAAAAGUUUUCUUGAUGAGAUUAACAGAUAUAAGCAGGAUAAACAGGCCUUGGAGAUAGAUUUGAUACAGAUGAGGAAAGAGAGGGAUCUUGCUAAAGCCCAACUUACUCAUCACUCAGGUGAGAAAUCUUAUGAGAUGAAGAUUAUGGAAGAAACCUAUAAACAGGAAAUCAGUCAGUUGAAUAAAAGACUCCAGUGGUUUGCAGAGAACCAAGAACUCUUAGACAAAGAUGCUAAGAGACUUAGAGAUGCUUAUGAUCAAAUUGAGAGCCUAAAGACACAGUUUGAAAAGCUUAAGAAUGAAGCAGGAAAUCAGUCUGCACAACAACAAAAACGCCUUAAAGAGAAAUCUUCAGAGGCCAAAAGGAUUCAAGACCUUGAACGCCAGGUUAAAGAAAUGGAGGGGAUUCUAAAACGAAGGCACCCAAAUUCCAUACCUGCGUUAAUAUAUGCAGCUGCAACAGUUCCUGAAACAGAUGCUAAAAGUUCAGCCAAAGGCAAUACAGUUGCAUUUUUAGAAAGAAGAAUAAACAAAUUAGAAACCGAUUUGGAAAAUAAAGAUGAAGAAGCUAAAAGAAGUCUACGUACUAUGGAACAGCAAUUUCAAAAAAUCAAGAUUCAAUAUGAGAGUCGAAUCAAUGAACUUGAGGGAAUGCUUGUUCAAAAACUUCUGAAUGAACCCCCAAGACAAAUUGACAACACAACUAAAGUAAAAGCUCUUGAGCAAGAGCUUUCUAUUUGCAAAGAAGCUUAUCAAACCACUAUAAUGAAUCUUCAAAAAGAUAUUGACACUCUUAAAGAAAAGAAUAGGUUUUUAGAGAAUGAAAGGAUGAAGCUGGACAAUUUUACUUCAAUUAAUACACAGGUAGAUGAGACUUCUGCUAAAGCCAAAUUAGCAAAACUCAACCAAGACUUCAUUUCCAAAUGUAAAGAAGUACAAGAACUUACAAAAACAGUGGAGAGACUUCAAAGGGAAAGAAUGAUGAUGCUGUCUGACAAAAAUCUUGCCGUUAAAGUUGAUCCAAUAAGUAAAAAUUCUAAUAAAAUGAAAAAAGAUCAUGUGCCCCCUGAAAAAAGAAGCACUGAAGUUUUUCCUGGGACUUUUGAUGAGAAGAUUUAUCAGCCAGGGACAUUUGCUGACUUCCAUAUUUCUGAUAUUCAGCAAGAAAAUGAACGUCUAAAAGAGGAAGUGCAGAGGCUGUCUCUAGAAUUCAGUGAACAAAGGACUAAAUUUCAGGCAUCGUUAUCUAGAACUGAACUUACCAUACAGAGGUUAAAAGAAGAAGCAACUGAACAAACUGCAGCUCUGAAAAGUUCCCAUCGUAGAGAAAUAGAAAAGAUAAUCUGUCAACAUGCAGUGGAGCAUUCAGCAUCAAGAGUAGCUGAAUUAAGUAGUACAGUUUCAACACAAGAGAUACUAAUAAAGCAUCUACAACAACAAGUAAGUGAGCUACAGAAGGAUAAAGACUCCCUGGCUGUGCUUCGUAUUCGAGAAGAAACGCUGCAGAAGGAGAUCACAAAGCUCUUGAAUGAAUUAAAAGAAGCAAAAGAUUGUCACAGCCCAGAAAUGAAACACUUUUCAGCUUUGGAAUAUAAGAUAAAGAACAUGGAGCUAAGGCAUUCUCAAAGAGAACAGGAGCUUCAGCAGAUAAUACAACAAACACAACAUGUUGCUGAGGCAGAACAAGUCAAGCAAGUAGACAAAUGGAAAAAUCUUGCACAGCAGAAGAAUCUAGAACUAGAAAAAUUUAGAACUGAGCUAGAUACUAUAUUAGAUGUUUUACGGGUUCUUCAAAGACAAGGAGUUGUAAUUCCUGCAACCUGAAAGUACUACAGUUUUAGAAUUACGUUGGAAAGUAUGAUCCAGAUAUAUUUAUUACAUUUUUCAAAUGAUAUUUGAUCUGGUUAUAUAUAGAAUUCCUGGUUUACAAUAUUACUGUAUAGAAUGUAUUUAUAUUUUUUGCUAUUUAUAUAAAAAAAAAUUAAGACUU